AUGGAUAAUAUUGAAAAUGAACUACAAGUACUGCCUUCAAACACGUCUAUAGAGAGAAGUACAACUCAUACAAGUACUCAUACAGUUGUACGGACCUCAACUUUUCUCUCGCGUCAUGAACAACUUGACGAUCCCCAUAAGUUUUCCGAUGGGUGGAAUAGACGAUCUUUAUUGGUCUUAUUUGGGUCAUUCUUCGGUAUGAUUGGUUCUUUGGGUUUUGUAAACUCAGGAGGGGUUCUACAAACAUAUUUACUACAAAACACAUUAAAGGAUAUACCUCCAUCCACGGUGGGUUGGAUUUUUUCCGUAUAUAACUUCUUUGCAUUUGGAAUGACAUUAAUAUCGGGACCGAUAUUCGAUAAAGUAGGUUGUAAGAUUCCUAUUGCAUUUGGUACCGUGGUUAUGACUGUCGGGCUUAUACUUACCAGUUUCUGUACCAAGGUAUAUCAAUUUAUAUUAAGUUAUGGAAUACUUACGGGAUUGGGAGCAGCAUUCACGUUUGGUCCUUUUGUCUCAUGUCUUAGUCAUUAUUUCUUGAAAAAGAGGGCAUUGGCCAUUGGUGCUUCCUAUACUGGUGGUGGAAUAGGUGGAGUGGUAUUGCCAUUAAUUUUCAGAAGCUUAUUUGGCAAGGUCGGAUUUGGAUGGACUCUAAGAAUUGGAGCAUUCAUAUGUUUGUUUUUUUUGGUUACGGGUUGGUUAUUGGUAAAUGAUAGACAUGAAGAAUUUAAAGAAGAGAGUGACGAAAGUAUAUUCAAACAAAUCGUUGGUUCAGUCGAUUUCAAAAUCUUGUUCCAUCAUGGUUUAUUCUCCGUCAUUGUUUUUGGACUUUUGUUUAACGGUCUUGCAUUUUUAAUCACACUUGUGGUUAUAUCUUCAUACUCAACAUCACGAGGAUUCUCCGACUCAGAUUCAUAUUUACUAGUAGUGGUGUUCAACUGUUUCAGUAUACCCGGUAGAAUUAUCCCCAGUAUCUUAGCCGACAAUUAUCUCGGUAGAUUCAAUACUUUCUGCAUGAUAAACACAUUCUCAAUAAUAGCAUUCACAAUCAUUUGGUUGCCAUUUGGACAUCACUUACAAGCAUUGUUCGUAUUUGCAGCCGCAUUUGGGUUUUCAAGUGGGUCAGUAUUAAGUUUAUCCGCCAGUUUGGUGGCAUCAAUUAUACCCACAAGUGAAAUCGGUAAAGGGUUAGGAACAGCAUUUUUCAUCUUAUCGAUUGGUGACUUGUUUGCUAUUCCUAUUUCGGGGGCUAUAACAAAUUCCGGUACGAGAAAAAGCUAUGAUAAUUUAGUGGUGUUCCUAACUUGUUGUGCUGGUGUAGGAUGGAUUAUUAGUUUUGUUGGUAGGUAUUUAUAUGGAGGGUUAAAUCUUAAACGAGCAUAG